AGAUGUUUCUCCUCGCGCGUCGUGCGCGUCUCCAGUGCGUGUGCGUGUGCGCGCAGCGCGCGGCGGGUCGCAUGGAUGUUCUCGGACUACAAUCUUAAAGUUCUGGAUAAAAGAGAGACUUCAUGUGUGAUUAAUCUGAGGAAUGAAGCUACUGCGGGAAAACCGCUCGCAUUCCGCGGGAAUAAUGGCUGUGUGUGUCCUGAUGAUGAUGAUGAUGAUGAUAGUGUUUGGUUGUGUGAAGGGCUUGUCUCCUCGUCUGGCUCUAGAGAAGAGUCUCGUCUGGCCGUCCACAGACACACAGUGUCUCCACAUGCUGAAACACCUGCACAAUGGGGCCCGCAUCACUGUCCAGAUGCCACCCAACAUCCAGGGACACUGGGUCUCCACCAGCUGUGAGGUUCGUCCCGGUCCAGAGUUCAUCACUCGCUCGUACCGUUUCUUUCACAACAACACCUUUCAGGCUCAUCAGUUCUACUACUCAGACAACCAGUGCACGGUGCCGAGCUACACGCUGCUGAUCCGGGGCCGUGUGCGUCUAAGGCAGGCGUCCUGGAUUGUCCGAGGUGGCACAGAGGCCGACUAUCAGAUCCACGGCAUGCGUCUGGUGUGUCACUCGGCGUCCGUGGCCCGAGAACUUUCUCAGCGGCUGAAGCACAGCUGCAGGGACCCGGGCUCCUGGCUGCCGAACAUCAGCUACGAGCUGUGGAGCGACGAGGGCGACUCCGGCUGCAUCUGUGCUCUGAACGUCUCCAUGCACGAGCUGCAGCUGCUGCGGCUGGAGAAGCAAUACCUGCAUCACAGUCUGGAUCAGCUGAUGGAGGAGCUGUACCUGGGAGACAUUCACACCGACACAGCACAGAGGAUGUUUUACAGACCCUCCAGCUACCAGCCGGCACUGCAGAAUACACAGGUUCAGGACGUGAGCUGCGUCGUCUGUCGAAUCGUCUCGCGCUCGGACGAGUUUCACCCGGCUGUCCUCCCGCCGCGGCCCGAGCUGACGGUGACCCUGAGCGGUCAGUGGGCGUCCCGCCGCUGCGAGGUCCGGCCCGAGGUCCUGUUCCUCACCAGACACUUCAUCUUCCACGACGACAACCGCACGUGGGAGGGUCACUACCAUCACUACUCUGACCCGGCCUGCAAACACCCCACCUUCAGCCUGUUCGCCCGCGGUCACUACAGCCGCGGCCCGCGCUCCGCACGCGUCAUGGGCGGCACCGAGUUUGAGUUCAGAGUGAGUGAGAUGCGCGUGAGGCCGAUGGAUCUGGCGACCGUGUCUCUGCUGAAUGUGUUUAAAGGGAACAGCUGCGGAGCUCAGGGCUCGUGGCUGGUGGGCGUGGAGCAGGACGUGACUCCGACCAAUGGCUGCGCAGCGCUGGGGCUCCGCCUCCCGCACACAGAGUAUGAGCUCUUCCGAUUGGAGCGUGACGCUGACGGCAAACUCCUGCUGUUUAACGGCCAGCGGCCCAGCGACGGCUCCAGCCCCGAUCGACCCGACAGACGACCCACGUCCUACCAGACCCCGCUGGUGCAGUGCUCCGCUGGAGGUCAGAGGUCAGAGGUCAGCGCCGCGCAGCGCCUCAGCAACGGCUGCCGAGCUGGUUACCACAUUGACCUGGCGACAGCUGUGCUCUGGAGUUUGGCGUUUAUGGGUUUCUUGGGCUGAGAGACGCAAAAACAAACAGAUGUUUGUUACCCAGAAUGCACUUGACGGGGCGGGACGAAUGAAAACUGCUGCACAAGAGGAACGCACUUUACUAGAAGCCCCGCCCUUUCACUCCUGACGGGACUUUACAUCCUUAAACAUGCCGCAAAUGAGUUUCAAAGGGAAAAAAUCUCCCAAAAACAAAGAUUCUGUCAUUAUUUAUUUACUUUUAAUGUAACAACAGUUCAUGCUUAAAAUUAUCCUAAUGCAUUAUGAUUUCCUGGGGAAUAUGUAUAAAUAUAAUUAAAAAAAUUAUUAAUUCAUCAAU